AAUAUUCUAAUGUAAGUGUUGUAAAAAUGUAUAAAAGGGGAAUAAGUAAAAGUAGCUUUCAUAGAAACCUGAAAGUAGAAAAACAAAAGCUCUUAAAUCAAUUGCGGUUGUGCAGAGGCGCACCUCAGGCGAAUAAUGUUAAUUGUGAAAAUCCCAUAGAUACCAUUGAUAUUCCCACCACUUCUGCAGCGGCUAAUGUCGAAGAAAUUGAUGUUUCUUUAGUUCCAAGACAUCAGGUGGAAGAAACUCUACAAACUAAAUUAAUUAAAUGGUGCAAUCAGUACAAUCCGACACGCGCAAGUGCAAAUGCAUUGCUCAAAAUUUUAAGCUCUGAGGGUUUGGCGGUCCCUACCCACAUAAAAACACUUUUAAAAAAUAAGAAUUGCUCAGAAAGUGUGAUUUUUAGGACAGUGUCACCGGGAACCUAUUGCCAUAUAGGUUUUUUGAAGCAACUAGAAAAACUUCCACAUGAGUUUCUGCCAGAAGAAAAUUCAAUAACUUUUGAUAUAGGGGUAGAUGGUAUUCCGCUCUAUAAAAGCAGUUCCCAAAGUUUGUGGCCAAUUAUGGGAAGGUUUGUGAACAUCAAUAUUGAUGUAUUUAGACUCAUAUCUACAUGAUUUAGUUUCGGAAAUAAAAAACCUUAAAGAAAGCGGAGUUGAGCUCUAUGGUCGCAGUUUCCAAAUUGAUUUACGAGCGUUCAUCUGUGAUGCACCUGCUCGCUCUUUCAUGUGUAGCACGGUAGGCCAUAACGCUUUAAUAGGAUGCGAGAAAUGCUACCAAAGGGGCCAAAGGAUUAAUAACGUUACAACUUUCAGUACAGCCUCAGCUGAACCAAGAACGUAUGAAGAUUUUCGUAACAGAAAGCAAAUGCAAUUCCAUAAAGGUUUUCAUCAAAAGAGGCAUAGUGAAUUAGAGUUAAUAGGAAUUGAUAUGAUUACUCAAUUCCCCUUAGAGCCUAUGCAUUUGAUAGACCUUGGAGUUAUGCGAAAAUUUCUAACGCUUCUUAUAAAUAGAAAAACCGUUCAAAAAAUUGGGACUAACGACAAAAAUUUGAUGUCAAAUAAGUUGAUUUCCCUUGCUCCCUUCAUCCCCAGGGAAUUUCAAAGGAAACCGCGAUCGCUUAAUGAAAUUUGUAGAUGGAAAGCUACGGAGUUCCGGCAAUUUGCCCUUUAUACGGGCUUAGUCGUUUUAAAAGGUAUUGUAGGCGAGGAAAUGUAUAAUGAAUAUUUACUACUACAUGUAUCUUACAGGAUGCUUUCUUCACCAGUAAAUUCCAACUUUAAUUUAAAUAAGGCGGAGGAUAUGCUUAAGCUUUUCGUACAAAAGUUUCCAAUUUUGUUUGGCGACUCCUGCGUGACAUUCAAUGUACAUAACCUGCUGCAUUUGCGAAAGUGUGUAGAAGAUAUGGGCGCACUUCCGAAUUUUACAGCUUACAGUUUCGAAAAUUUUAUGCAGGAAUUGAAAAAAAAUGUCCGAAAGCCUUCUAAGAUUCUGCAGCAGAUAAGUAACAAAUAUUCCACCUCACAUCUUAAGAUUAAGGCUGUCCCAACGGGUUUUAAAAGAAAUAAAUUGGGGAAAAUUAUAAGUUUUCAAAAUGAAAAUUUCUUUGUGAGUACACGAAUGCCAGAUAAUUUGUGCUGCAUAGCUCCUUUUCAAAUAGUAAGAAUUACUGGAUUUGUCGAAAGAGAAGAAAUUUUUUUGAAUGGGACGGUACUCACACACUUAAAAAAUUUCUUUGAGCACCCCGUCCAAUCUAUGAAUAUGUUAGGGAUAUGCACUGGAAAUAUUUUUGAUGAAAACGCUGAUAAAAGAGAUUUUAAGAUAGAUGAAGUAAUGUGCAAAAUGAUGUACUUUCCCUCAGAAAAUGAGUAUUUAUUUAUUCCUCUUUUACACGGCUUCGACAACACUUAUUUAUAAUUUAAUAAUUUCAUAAAAACAAGAU